GAGGGAGGAAGGGGCGGCGAUGCCGGGCGGCUCAGCCUCCCCUCUGCCCCCCCGCCGGGCAGGGCGCGCCCGCGGAGCGCACGGAGGGACCCGCACCGGCUGCUCAGUCAGAGGCUGAAGUCACCGGCGCGCUUGUCCCCGGGCUUUUUCCCCGACGCAGAGAAUGCGGGGAUGCCCGUGAAGGGGAUUUGGGGGAGCAGAGCCGCCCCGUGCUGCCGCCACGGUGCCGCAUGAGACCGGGCAACUCGUCGCACGGGUAGGUGCGGGGACGGCGGCAGGGAGGAAACGCGUUUCCCCCUCCUCCCUGGCCAGCUGGGCUGCUUUUCCCCUGGCGGAGCUGAACGAACAGCCCUUUUCCUUCCCCGCCGGGGUCGCUCGGGGUCGGGCGCAUCCUGCCUGCGCGGCGGGCGACGCGCGGGGGCCGCUUCGGCACCUUUGUGCCUCAGUUUCCCCAGCUGCAGAAAGAAAAAGGGGCGUUGCCUCGUGCUGGGGGUGGUAAGGGGGAGAUAGGGGAGCUCGGGGACCUAGAAAACACCCCAAAAAGGGUGUGCAAAAGCAGAUGCUCUCGCAACCCUAUUUUCAAUAGGCAAGAUGGGUUUCUCCAGCUGUUUCAUCCCCGUUUGGGCAAUAAUAGGGAAAAAGAAGCUUACAAAGCUUGCAGAAGGCUGGGGUUGGCCAAGGGGGCUUGAGAAGGGGAGACCUCGGGGGCUUCACCCGCUCCCCCCUGCUGGGCGCUUUGCCGGGUCCCUUUACACCGCAUCCCGAUGGGCACGAGGCCGUUUAUUGCCGUGACGUGGGACGGGCACGGGGCCGCUCGUUCCUUCUCCCUUUCCGGGAAGGCGAGGAGGAGGCGGGUUGAGGCCGAAGGGCAGCGCGGCUGCAGGCACACCAAGCUACAGGCACACCGGCAGAUUUCGCUCUGUUGUUUGUAUUAUUUUCUUUGUCUUGUUUUUGAAAAAAAAAAAUCCAGCACAGCUCCGGCCCACCUGCCAUUUCCACGAUGCUCCCCGGGAAAGCGGAGAAGAGGAUGGCUUCAUCCGUGUUCAUCACCCUGGUGCCCCCGCGGAGGGAGGCAGCCACCAAGGAACGGCCCCAACCGGGGGUGUCACCCCCCGUCCCUGAGGGCACCCAUCGCCCCCGGGCAUCCCUGCCACAGCCUCUGGCUUUGCCCAACGGAGGUGAGGGGUGUCCGUGGGGUCCCACGCGCGAGGACGAUGCCGGUGCCGAGGAUCCCGCGGCGAUGCUUUGCAAAAGGAUGCGGGUGCAGGCGGGGGGGGGGGGGGGGGGGGGAAUGUGCUUUUGGGGAGGGGUGUUUGUGGGGGGGUUGUUCCCCAAACCCCCAAACCAACCCCGGAUUGGAUCCGGCUGCUGGGGAAGGGCUGUGUUUGCUCUCCAUCGCUGGGCACUUAUCGGCUCUGUUUGUCUCCUCCUGCCGGGCCGGCGUUUGCUUUUGGGGCUGGUCGGUGAGCACUGCGGCAAAGCGUCGGGGUGUUAUUGCAGGGGGAGAAGUGUGGGAUGGGAGCUGGCGUCGCCCUCCCAACGUGCUGUGCCUGGCUUUUCCUGCAGAAAGCUGCCCUCGGUCCCCACCAGCGCCCGUGCCUUCGUCCUCACCGGUCCUCAUCCUCUCCGAAGUGCCCCAGCCCUUGUCCGCGGAGGCGCUGGGUCCGGCGCUGCAGCAGCUGGACCUCGCAGCGCCUGCCACCCUGCAGGCUCCUUCUGCCUUCCCUGCUGAGCUGAGGCCGCCCAAAUUUUGCCAGGAGCAAGCAGACAAGCCGCCGUGGCAGGAUGCGAACGGGCACCUGGAGAGGGAUGGCUCCAGAGACAUCUGCGCCUUCUGCCACAAAGCCGUGGGCCCGCGGGAGCCGACGGUGGAGGCAAUGCGGAAGCAGUACCACGCCGACUGCUUCACCUGCCGCACCUGCCACCAGCGCCUGGCCGGGCAGCGCUACUACCAAAGGGACGGGCGCCCCACGUGCGACGCCUGCUACCAGGCCACGCUGGAGAAAUGCGCCAAGUGCCAGGGGCUGAUCUCGGAGCACAUCGUGCGUGCCAUGGGCAAGGGCUUCCACCCCAGCUGCUUCGCCUGCACCGCCUGCGGCCAGGCCAUCGGCACCGAGAGCUUUGCCGUGGAUGAGCGGGACGAGGUGUACUGCGUGGCUGACUUCUACAGGAAAUAUGCCCCAGUGUGCGGUGCCUGCAAGCUCCCCAUCAUCCCCAGUGAGGACCAGGACACCUACAAGAUCGAGUGCCUGGGACGCAGCUUUCAUGAGAGCUGCUACCGCUGCGAGAGCUGUGGGACACCCCUGUCGCCGGAGCCGACGGAGGAUGGGUGCUACCCCCUGGGCCAGCACCUCCUCUGCAAGUCCUGCCACGUCCGCCGGCGGAACGAGUCCUCCUGCUAAAAACCCCCGCUUGUCCCACGAUGUCCCCGCAGGGAGCGGUGGGAUCAGCGUUUUCAUCGCCACAACGGGCCGGGACCCUGUCCCUCAGCCCUCUUCCCAACUGCUCGUUGCGAACAGAAAAAGCCCUGGAAGAGCAGCAGUGGUGGGCGAGCUGAGGUUUCUUUUGCUUUUUUUUUAAAAAAAAAAAAACUCUUCUGAGGCCGGUUUGGUUUCCUUGGUGUUUUUCUUUCUUCUUGAGCUUCCUUGGGGUUUCAUUUAAACGUUUCUCUCUGGGGUGAUGCAGAGAGCAGCACUGAUUUAGUUCCUUGUAGUUAAAUAAAACCCCAAACUAAAAAUGUA